CAAAGUGGUUACCCGAGAUAACCUAAGCAUAUAUGGUUAAUCGAUUAAUUAUUACCUUAUUUUUCUGAACUGUAUAGCAACAGUAAUAUGAUUUAAACUGUGUACAAUUUGAUCUGCCUAAGUACCUGCAUUACGACUUAAAAUGGAUGAGAUCGAUAAUACCGCAAGUAAAGACAAUAUUGAACCGGCUAGUUUUCAUCAAUGCACACUUUUUGAUAUUAAAGUGGAUCCUGGCUUGAAAGAUGAUGAUGGCAAUGAAUUUCCAAGACCAUUUACGAAAAACCAGAUGCGCAAAUGGCUGAAGAAGGUAAAAUGGGAGAAUCACAAACAGGAAAAACGAGCUAAAGAGAAGGCCCGCGCCAAGCAGAGGAGACAGGAGGCACGUGCAGCAAACAUCGAUCUCGGGCCCAGCAGAAAGUCAUUGAAGAAAAUGAAAUUUGAGAAAUCCAAAAAGUCCACAGGAAUAAUAAUUGACCUCAGUUUUGAUGAUCUAAUGAUAGAGAAGGAUAGGUUCAAAGUUAUAAAACAAAUUUUAAGGUGCUAUUCUGUUAAUCGAAGGUCUGCUUCACCGUUGCAGUUUCAUAUCACUGGUUUUAGUGAAAGAGCUAAAUCUGAGAUGUCACGGCAUAAUGGAUAUGAGAAUUGGGAUAUCCAGUUUCACAAUGAAAGUUAUUUGGAACUAUUUCCUAAAGAAAAUUUAGUUUACCUCACAAGUGAAUCAGAAAAUGUAAUAGAAAACUUUGAAGAAAAUACCUACUACAUUAUUGGAGGACUUGUGGACCAUAAUCAACAUAAGGGCUUGUGUCAUAAAAUAGCCCAGGAACAAGGCAUUAGACAUGGACAGUUACCGCUAGACAUAUAUGUGAAUAUGAAGACUCGGAAGGUCUUGACUAUUGAUCAUGUUUUUGAAAUAGUUGUGAAGAUUAGCGAGGGAACGCCAUGGCAAGACACAUUGCUCAAGGUCCUGCCGCUGCGGAAAGGCGCUCAUAUUUGUGACAAUUCAGUCUCAAAUACAGAUGACUCAGAUGGAUGAAGUAAUCAUUUAAGUUUUAUUAAUAUUUUUAUUGUUACUAGUUCAUUAUAUUAAUGUGUAAGGAUAAGUAAUACUGAGAAAUAAAUUAUUAUAUUAACAGUUAA